AUGGGACUAUUGGUACUAUUAGCCAUGGGAUGCCUUAUCACGUCCUUCUCCAUCUGGCGCCUACACGCCGUCAUCGCGACACAAGCUGGCUUCUAUCCAGUGGUGGACCCAACAUGGAACGAGCCCGAAGCCACACUGCUCUCCUUCAUCGAAGUUUACCUCGCGGCAAUCACUGCGUCAACACCAAUUUUCUGGCCUGUGCUCACCGAGCAGCUAAGCAAGAUCUUCGUCAUGUAUGAGUUCGAAGUUUCGUCCGAGUUCCGAAAUCCCGGGGAUGAUGAAGUGGAGCUCGCUCCCACAGAGUCCUGGCAUACUGGAAAGAAGUCCGCGCACUUUCAAGACGUGAAAUCUUUGAACAGCAAGGAUGGUGACGAUGUGGAGUUUGGACACAAACCGAACCCAUCACAUUACUCGGAUGACUACCUUCAGAGUCAGGUAGAUCCCUUUUCAGAAGAAUUCAGAACGGAGGCCACGGCAAAGAGCACCGUUCCAAGUCGAAAGCGGAAGCCAAGUAUUGUCCGUUUCAACAAUGCUUGA